CUUCAUCUUAUCGGUCUAGUGACUCGCCUAGAUCGUAGCACAUACGAUAUCUCUUCACCAGCAACGACAAUGCCAGCUCCAGCAAGCUUCAGCAACUACAUCGACACGCACGCAGAUGCGUUUAUCAAGCGUCUAGGCGAUGCCGUUGCUAUUCAAAGUAUCAGCAGCGAUGCUCGUCGACGCCAGGACGUCAUUGUGAUGGGAAAUUGGCUGAACGGCCAGUUGAACGAGCUUGGCGUCGAGACUAAGCUCGUAGAUCUCGGCACGCAUGAGAUGCAGGGGCAGACGCUGCAGCUCCCUCCGGCCAUUAUCGGACGCCUGGGGAGCGACCCUGCGAAGAAGACAGUGUUAAUAUAUGGACACUACGACGUGCAGCCUGCACUGAAGUCGGACGGCUGGAAGACGGAUCCGUUCACGCUUGUGGUGGACGAAGAUUCAGGUCGCUUGAUCGGUCGUGGCUCGACAGAUGAUAAGGGCCCGAUUUUGGGCUGGUUGAAUGUCCUAGAGGCACAUAAGAACCUGGGGAUUGCGAUGCCUGUGAAUGUACGAUUUUGUUUUGAGGGUAUGGAGGAGAAUGGGAGUGAGGGGUUGGAUGAGUGCAUUCAGGAGGAGGUGAAGAAGGGUAAGGACGGGUGGUUUGACGGGGUUGAUUGCGUGUGCAUCAGUGACAAUUACUGGCUGAACACCCGAACCCCUGCACUGACAUAUGGGUUACGUGGUAUUGCAUAUUUCAACAUCAAAAUCACUGGGCCCGGUCAAGAUCUGCAUUCAGGGUUAUUUGGGAGGACGGUGCACGAACCCAUGACAGAUUUGAUCAAGCUCAUGAGCAGGCUUGUGGAUCAUAACGGAGACAUUUUGAUUCCUGGCAUCGACGACAUGGUCCCACCCCAUGACGAGGAGGAAUUGAAGCUUUACCAGAAGAUGGACUAUACGAUAGAUGAUAUUGAAGAGGCUGCUGGUGGAAAGGUGGCACUGUCAUCAGAAAAGACUACCGUGCUAAUGGGCCGAAUGCGUCAGCCAUCCCUUUCCCUACACGGCAUUGAGGGGGCAUUCUCAGCGGUCGGAGCUAAAACUGUCAUUCCUGCCAAAGUGGGCGGGAAGUUCAGUAUUCGCCUCGUUCCUCCCCAAACUCCGGAGAAGAUCAUACCCCUUGUCAAUGCAUGCCUCGAAGCCGAGUUUGCGAAGUUUAACAGCAAGAACAAGAUGGAGAUAGAGUACCUGCACGGCGGUAAACCCUGGGUUGCAGACGUCAGGCACUGGAACUUUGAAGCUGCAAAGAAGGCUAUCGAGGCUGUGUAUAAGAAGACACCAGACUACACACGCGAGGGAGGCUCGAUCCCCGUGACGCUGACAUUUGCGGAGAGCCUGGGCGUAAACGUAUUAUUACUGCCUAUGGGCAGAGCAGAUGACGGAGCUCACUCGACCAACGAGAAGCUGGAUCGAUCGAAUUUCAUUGAAGGAGUGAGUGGGUUAAUCAGGAAAACGUCAAUGAUAAUUUAUGGUCCUAUUAUAGACGAAGGUCCUAGGUACCUACUUGUACGAGGUUGGCGCUGCUGCAUGACACAAGUAACAGAAGAAGAAGCUCUACAAUUGUUGUAUUUGGUGAACUUACGCCGCAUAUGGCUACCAUCUCACGGAAUUACAGCUGCAAUUCUUGGCGUUAUGAAGGUGUCAGCCAAGUGCGCAGAUUUCAGAUCAUUUGCAUUUGUCUAUAACUUCUUGGACCUGGUCAAUGCCCCGGCACUCCCAACUAUGCGGUAAGCGCUGGUAUCUCAUCGUCUCUUUCCACUUCACAAAUGAUAAAUCGAUAACCGCUUAUCGCCAAUGCAACAAUCUACGCAAGCAUCAGUUCGAGACUCGAGAGACCUUCGUAACUGUGAUCACUCUGCAGCCGCGCUGUCCAUUGCGAUUCUCUUGUCAACACCUCGAUUCAGUUGGCUUCUCCAAAGGUUUUCUUGUCCUUUUCUUUCAACAUUCUCAGCAUAUAUCUCGCACUGUCCCUCGCUACGAUAUGUGCACCUUACCAAUAACACAAGCAGCCAAUAUCCACUAGUACUGCUGAUAUCAUAUAGACGAAUGUCAGCCAUGACCAGUGUCAGACCGGUGACCGAUGAGCACUAAUCCCUAUCUUCUAUUAUGUCCUGUGAUGCCCCCACCAGUAGCUAGUUUUCGAGACCACUAUUAGGACCAUAAAGUAUGAAAUCUCGGAACCCACUUGAC